AUGGGCAUGUACAGAUCACUGUAUCCUGUGGCGUGGAGUGUUAGGUUUGGAGGAUGGUACAAAAUAAAGAGCUAGCAAAGCAUUAGAAGGCAGAUGGAAGAAGCUUUGUAAGAUCGAUCGGAGGUGAAAAUAAGGGGCGGCACCAACCACCUUUGAUGGCUUCAAGAGCUUUCAUCCUCGCGUUGAGACUCCUUACGCUGGUUUUCCUCGUCAUAUCAGUGGCGGUCCUGACGGCGGACACGGCGAACUUGCAAUUAGACCUCACAACGGAAGUCAAAGUCCGGUUUUGGGAUGUCUACACGUACCGGUACAUGCUAGGAACAAUAGUGGUUGGAGCUGCAUACACUCUCAUCCAAAUUGCGCGAACACUUUGCCGCAUAAGCAAGGGGAACCAACCGAUAACCAGCGACGCCAGCGCUCUCUUUGAUUUCUUCGCUGACAAGAUCGCUUCGUACGUACUGGCGACCGGAUCGGCUGCGGGAUUCGGGGCGACCAAGGACCUGAAGUUGUUCUUCGAAGGCACGGUAUUGGCCUUCGACAAAUUCUUCGACAAGGGUUAUGCGGCCGCGAGCCUCCUCCUCCUCGCCUUCGUCUGCGCUGCACUUCUCUCGAUUGUCUCUUCAUUUGCCCUCCCUAAGAAAGUUUGAUGAUUCUAUUUUCUUCGCCGUUUUCGGGAUUGUUAUGUAAUAUGUGUUUUGCCUGCACUAAGGCAUUUUCUAUGCUCACUCAAAUUUAAGGUAAGGAUGAGUAGCGUGUCAAUGUAACGUAUACAAUGAACUCUUUGUUCUUCAUGUCCACACCCUGGUUUUCA